AAAAUAGAAAAUUUGUGAAAAAAAGGGGAGGGGCUAAAACCCAAAUUUGUUCGAUUGACAUCAUUUACGAACGACCCUUAAUUUAUUAAGAAAGAGAAUUGAAGUAAGAAAAGUAAAUUUUAAUAAUAUUAAUAGCCAAAAAGCAGCAUAGAGUGCAUGUAAUUGGUGAUAAAUGAUUUCUUAAUUAAUCUAAGAUGUCUUCGAUGUAAAAUAAGUGUAAUUCGAACAAAACAAGUUGAUUAAUAAGUGUGAAAUUCUGAAAUACGUAGUAAGAGAAAAUGUGCUAAAGAAAAAAAAAUCAAUAUUCAAAUAAAUUUGGAACAAAAAAGUACAGAGAGUAAAAUUGGACGGAAAGGAGCUUAUUCCUAGGCUUAUAUCGAUAUUCAGUGUGCUGUGAAUGAUCAAAUAAUCAACAAUGCAAUCAUCCAUAAUUACAGUUCGUGCUUUAUCGCGAAUAUUAAGGAACAAAUUUUCGACAUUAUUAGAUCCAACUCUCUCAACAGCAAAUCAGCCACACUUUGUAAGUGUUGUUUGUGGCUUUCCUAAGGACCUACGUAAGACAUAUAAGCUUGGGAAAUUUGGUGAUGAUGCUUGGUUCGCUUGCAGUAAUUCUCAGGCUGAUGUAAUAGGUGUCGCCGAUGGAGUUGGUGGAUGGUCGCGUUAUGGAAUUGAUGCAGGCGAAUUUUCAUCAUUUUUGAUGCGAACAUGUGAAAGAUUAGUUCAAAAUAGUAAUUUUAAUCCACAACUACCUGUAACCCUCUUAUCAAGUAGUUAUCACGAAUUAUUAGAUCAUAAGAAACCUAUUUUAGGAAGCUCAACAGCAUGUGUGCUAAUAUUAAAUCGCGAAACAAGCACUAUCUAUACAGCAAAUAUAGGAGAUUCUGGUUUUAUGAUUGUUCGAAAGGGCGAAAUUGUUCAUCGCUCAGAAGAACAGCAACAUUACUUCAACACUCCAUUUCAAUUGAGUUUACCACCACCAGGCAAUGCAAAUCGUGUUCUAAGUGAUGCUCCGGAAUCGGCAGAUACACAUAGUUUUCCAGUUAAGGACGGAGAUGUGAUUCUUGUCGCUACCGAUGGCGUCUUUGAUAAUGUGCCAAAUGAUCUUUUAUUGGAGACGCUUAAAGGCAUUGAAGGUGAAAAGGACGAAGUUAAAUUACAAAUGACUGCAAAUACAAUAGCUCUUAUGGCACGGCAACUAUCAUUUGAUAGAGCUUUCAUGUCACCAUUCGCUAAAAAUGCCCGCAAAAGUAAUAUCAACACAAUUGGUGGCAAACCAGACGAUAUCACAGUGGUUUUAGCAACGGUGAAUCUGUGAAAAUCAUUGAAUCCCACUAAUGCUAAAUUAUCUACAAAUUAAUUAAUUAAUUUACACAAAACCUUUUAUUUUGAAGACUAUACAAACAAAAUUUUUUAUUUUUUAACUUUAUAAGUAGAUUUACGACUUUAUACUAGCUAUACAAAAUUAAGACGACAUUGUUUGAUUUUUCUCUGUCAUAGCAAAUAUAUGAAAAUUUACAUAGCAAGAGAAUUGGAACUUUUGGAACUUAAUUUUGUUGAUAAUUUUAGUAUUUUUCUUUCGGUUUCUUCUUUUUUAAACGAUAAGGCUAAAACCAGAAAUUGUAGUGGUUCUUGAAUAUGGAAAAAAUAACAAGACAAGUAGUUUUGUAGGCUGAAAUAAUUGCUUUGUGAGUUUUUUUAGGUUUUCUGAAAAUAUCACACAAUAUAAAAUUAAUAAUUCUCAUCAAUGCAACAUAAAUUGUGACCACUGCAAAAAAAGUAAUUUUUGUGAUAUUUUCGAAUCUUAAAAAUUCAACACCCCCUAAAAGUAGAUUUUUAACAUAAGGAAUGUGAAAAUCGCAACGAAAAAAAGUUUAUAUACUAAGAAAAAUCGGAAUUGGACGUUGAAGGUCAAUUGUGUUUACAAUACUUUGUGAUUUUGUUGCUGGAAUAUGUAAGCAAGCGAUAAUGAGCAGCAGAGUUGUAAUAAACCAGAACAACAUAACAUAUUGAUGUAAUACGUUGCUAGUUCAGUCCAUAAUCCAAAUGAAAGCACAAUGACCUCAAAAUCCAGUCCGGAUACAAUAAUUAAGCAUUUAAAGUCACUAAAAUCAAAGAAAGAAUUAUCAAAGAAUCGUAAAAUGCAAAAAAAGAUUAUGUGCUAUCAAAUUUUCACAUGAAUAUUAAGUCAUUCGUUACGUGCUGCAGCAAAACGCAAAAAUACACAACAGAUCGAAGUCUAUGAAAUAUUAAAUUAUUGUAUUUCAUUACAUUAUAAGCGAACAUAUUAACUGAUAUCAUAACUUAAAAUAGUCAAUAAUAAUAAUAAAUAGGAACAGGAAGGCAUUAAGAUCUUCCUAAAUCGUUAAACUUUCUCAAAACAUGAAAUUUUUGAUAUGAAAAUUUUUACGGAUUUGUUGCAUAAAUGAUAAAUACAAUAAUAAUUACAUAAAAAAAAAUCAAGUCGGAGGUCGCUUAACUUAUCGUACGCGGCUAACGAAUUCUCUUUGUGACAUUUUUUAUUUGAAAAAAUGCACUCAAAUAAAUUUGAAUAAUAAAAUAACUCAAAAGAAUGAUUAAUAAAUCAGGUUUCAUAUUGAUGUAGGUUUAUAGUGAUUAGAAUAAUUCGUGACACUCAAAACUGAGUAAAUUUACUAGGUUGAAAGUAGAUUGGAAAGUUUAAAAUUUAAUUCUUUUUUUUUUUUUGAUUUUUUGGAAGCUAAAGUUUUUCCAUUUUUCUUUCUUUUUUGGAACAAUAAAAAAUUUUAAUUUUUUUUACAAUAUUUCAUGUGUUUCUCUUUAAAUUCUUAACUUUAAUUUUCAGCAUCUUCUAGAAUUCUCAUUGAUUUUAAGGCCUAAAGUCUUCCUUUAGACUGAAUUGAAGUCUCGAGUGUCCGAAAACAAUAUAAUUGUUUGUCAAUUGUCAUGAAAACAAUACAAAUGCUAUGUAAAACUCUACAAAUCCAAAUGAAAUUUCCUCAAACAAUACAAAUUCUUUUUCAGAGCCAUACAAAUUCACUUCAAAUUUUUAAUAACCGUUAUAAAAUCCAUCAUUAAAAUAAUUAACUCCAAACCAAUUAAUUUUCAAUCCAAUCACCGUC